GCACGCACCUCGGGUCCUGCUCACGGCCGCCGGCGAUGAGCGAGAGCAGCCGCCUGUGCUCGGGCUACUACAGCCUCAAUCGCAGCUUCGUGGAGCCUUUCCAGUGCCCGCGGCGCGGCGAUGGGGCCGCGCUGCUCUACUGCUGUGGCUUCGCAGACCUCAAGUACUGCUGCAGCGAGCCGGGCAGCUACUUCCCUUACAAGCACAGCUACAUGUGGAGCCUCAGUAUUGGCGCUCUGAUUGGAUUGGGAAUCGCUGCCCUUGUCUUACUUGCCUUUGUCAUCAGUGUCUGUGUCCUUUGCUACUUAUUUCUGUACACAAAGCCUCAAAGAUUAGACAAUGGCCUUAAACUUCAGCACCUAGAGGCAUCUUCUACCCUAGAAGGCAACGUAGACAGGAAAGCCAAAGGCCUCACCUCAAAUGCAGUAUCAAAUUCAACAAAUGAGACCUUCUAUGAAGCCGAUGAUGGGACUCAAGAGAAAACAAUGGAUUCAACACAAAUCAAUACUGCCUGUUAGUUAAAAAUCCCUGUUUUGAAAGCUUACCUGAGAGAAGGAGCAUUAAGAGUAAAGAAUG